AUGGUCUUCGGAAACCCCUACAUCGGCGCGAAAUACCGGCGAAUGCCUUCGCACCCAACCUUACCCCUGCCAAAACAUAAAGGCCUCGUUGGCCUUGCAUGUCCUGACUGUCCGAUUUCCAACGCCCCUUCGCUGAUGUAUCUCUCCGAUAACGAAGAAAAAGAUACUGUCAAUGUAAAAUGCCCAAGAACUGUGCAUUUCUACCGUACAUUCAAGCUCAAUCAACUCAUUCAUGAGAUCGGAUGCAUCAACGCCGGUGCCCCUUACCCCAUUUCUUUCGACCUUUCUGCUUACGGACCCCCAGUCAACAUUCGAGGCUUACCAGCAACCCCUCGAAUCAGUCCAACCAACAGCCAGCCAAAGACCUCCCAACGAGUCAAACGAACCGGGCCAGGGAUCGAUUGCGCUCGUCCCAACAUAGGACCCACAGCCAACAAGCAUAAGAGAGCCGGACAUGCUGGAUGUGCGCUUCGUUUCUGUAAAUCCUGCUGCCUUGAAUAUGGAACCCCUGGCCAAUGCUACGUGCAUCGCAUCAUCCAAACGCCACCCCCAGUUGUUGCUGUCCCCACAGCCAGCCUCGACGAUCUUCCUGUCCCCAAACGUGCACGGUUACUUCCGGCGCAGUGUGCCCAGGCCAUCGGCAGAGUCGGAACCAUCCUUUCCGCAGAUGGCCAGCUCCUUCUCGCCGCCUCGCGUGUGGACCAGGCGGAAGCGGUCCGAAAGGCCUCCACUCCUUCUAUCGACCCAGGGAAGGUGAUCAGCCUUCACCUUGUAACCCAGGGUGCCGAUGCUCCCAUCAUCUCCCACUUUUUUCAAGACUGGCCCGUGGCCAUUCUCAACGACUGUCAAUCCCUCCUACGCGACGCACAGGCGGCCUCUGGUCCAGAUUGGGAUGGCCAGCUGUGCGUAUGGGAAGAGCCCAUGAGGAAAUGGCGUGAAAUCCCAGUGCAUCUGCCGCACAAAUAUACUCGCACCUCAAAGAACCUGGUCUUGUGCGUACCCAAGCAACGUGCGAAUCUCACCGACGAGCUCCAAGAUGUCCUAGAAGGCCUUCAAUUGGGUAAACCGAUCGUCCCCCGAGUUCCAACCCAAUCCGACACAUCUGAAGAUGUUCUUCAAGCAUCACCCCCAGUGGUACUACACUCGGCCUCGAACUAUGACUCAGCCAGACCCACACCACAGCCGUCGCCACAGUCACAAACCUCCACGUCACCAGAACAGAACGAUUCAGUGCCUAUCCCCUCAACCCCUGAUUCAUUACGUCUGGACGAUUCACUUGUCCAUCUCAAUCCGGCUUUGUUUGGAAUAGGCACCAUCAAGGUCGAUGGGUCCCCCUUUCCCUCACCGUCGACACAAUCAGAUACUAGUGGUGCCACGCUGAGAGAUUGGCCAGGUGAAGACACCCUGGUAUCAGAAAUGCUUGCUUGGUAUCGAUCUGCCGGCGGGUUUACCCCGCGGCGCAAGGCUCGCAUCUCACUUUGGAUCGAACAAUAUGGAAGUCAAUUUAGGCUUAAAGACAAAACAGUAUAUCGCUACGCCGCCUGGGUUGAUCUAGUCGAUCUUGACAGAAUGCAGGCCUGGGUGGAUCAUUGGCCUGAAGAAGGUGAAAUCAACAAGCACAACAUCACCGUGGCACGGACGAGGCGAAACUUCCAGCAAGAAUACGACAUCGUAUGUUCCUUGCCCCACACGGCGGUGCGCGAGCAAGGCCUCGGAAUUGCCCCAGUCGAUUCAGAUUCAUCAGCUUCUCUCUGCCUCUUCGCCGACGAUAUUCAUCUUGCUUGCCUAACUCAAGACAUCACAUACAACACUGCACCUCCCCGCCAAAACAACCCCAGUAACCCCAAUUUUACAUCUUACAUCUGUUGUCAAAUGACACGCAUAGACAUGUACUCGAGCUUAAAAUUGGCCUCCCCUGCCAAGUGCUUCACAACUUCGGAGGACCUUGGUUGGAAGGCGUUACCGUUCGACCAACCAGAUGAUCUAUUUUUGACAAGAAACGACCCCGGCACCAGAUCCAACUGGGUAUUUGGGCUUGUGGAACGUCAGCAAACAACGCGGCGGACCCCAGACGUGUUAAAGUACAAGUGGGGAUGUAACAUCAUCGAUAUCGACGUCAAUCAACGCACCGCUCGGUUCUCCUACGAUGGUCGUUACACAUACUCAGCAGUUUGGCACACGGGUGCCGAAGAUGUUACAUUAGAUGCAUGUGCUCUCGACCGUACAAAGGAUAACCUCCAAGAUCACCUGCGAUUUGCCCAAAUGUAUUACCACGCUGAUUGCCUCCUCCAAACAUUCAAAAGAUUGCUCCUUCCCCUUCGCGAAUUCAGUGAUGCAGAAUAUCGUGUGCUUCGCAAAUUGCACAUUACCCAGAACCUCGUACUCUUCAUUACCCAAGGUUCCAACAAUAGGAGACGGUGGUUCAAUCUACGUGAGAAAGUUUCCGCUAAGCCCGUUUGUAUAACGGCCGAGGGGGGUUUCGGGCCGGAAAGUCGGGCUGCAAACCUCCUCGGGCGGUUCUUUGAAUGCUUCACCCAUUGGACUUACAACUAUCAUAAUUGCCAAGCUUUAAUCCACGGGUUCCGUGGUGAUGGGUCCAUUAUCACUGAUCUAGCUAUGGAUGAUAACACGCGCGAAUGGUUUAUACAGCACCCAUCCACAGCAGGGUGUCAAGCAUUUGCGUCAAGACAUGAAUGCAAUCACUUUUGUCGUAGCUUAGGUAUGACAAAGCCAUUACCCUACUACCCAGUUGGAUCGCCACCUGUUAACCCUGAUGAACAGGAUUGA